AUGGAAUGGUCUGCAACUUCUGCCACUAAGGCUUAUCUUGAUACCAUCAAUCUGUGUGGCGAUCACAAGAGGAGAUGUGGCUUGUGGAUGACCCGGGAACCAGGGAGCAACGAAUUCAUAUCAGCAUUAGCAGCAGGAAUGAAAGCUAAACUCAUUGUGGAAAUUACGUCCGAUGUGUCACCAUCAACCGUAGCCUUAGCAACUGCUGCACGACAUACUGGAGGCAGGCUCGUUUGCAUUCUUCCUGAACCAGUUCUAGCUGAAUCAAAGAAAGUAAUUAGAGAUUCAGGUCUUAAGGACAUUGUGGAAUUCAGAACUGGUGACCCGUUGCUGAAUUUGCUCGAUGUUAAUCCAACAAAAUCGGUGGUGGUGGCAAACAACUUGGUUGGUGCAAAGAAAGGGUUGGGAGGCCAUUUCAGGAGAAUCACCAAGGAUACGAAAGAAGUUGUUGUGAGGUCUACCAAGCGCCCCAUUGGGAAAGGAAUGGAGGUUACUAUGAUCGGAAGAUCUAAUGUUAAUGAUAAGAGAGACCCUGGCGGAGGAUGGUGCUAA